AUGAGCCCACCAAACAACCCGGAACAAAUGCUGCGGCGGCGCGCCCAGGUGCGCAUCAACCAGCAACGCUACCGUCUCAAGCUGCACGAUACCAAUACCGCUCGGGUCCGGGACGUGGUUGAGCUCACGCAGGACAUUGCGCGCUGCCAAGGCCGCAUCGAGAUCCUUACGCGCAGCGUUUUGCGCUUGCACGAGCCCGAGGUGGGCGUCGUGCUCGAGUACUUUCGCCUCUUUCGCUCUGGGUACGCGCCGCGCCUGCCCCAUCUCCACGAGCAGCAAGUCGCGUUUGUAACCGCCGUUAUGGAGCCCAACUUGAUCUUCCAAGGCGAGGCUCGUGUGGAGAAGCUAUGGGAGCAAUGGCGUCUCUCGCAUGCUCUCUUCUCUACGUACGAGAUGGAGCCGGCGCGCAUCGACAGCGUUUCCGUCGAGGCGACAACGGUCCUUCGCGUCUCGACUACAAUUCGAUUGGGUCUGACGUGGCGCUCCGUGACGGCCCUUUUCCCCCAGGCUGCGGACCAGCACCACCUCGCAAGGCGGCUUGUCGGUCAGGUGCUGCUCCUACCUCUCGUGCACCACUUUCACUUUAACGAAUCAAGACGCGUGGUCCAGCUCGACACAAUGGCAGCGACACCAAUUGCCCUCAGCAACCUCUUGGGCAACCUCGACGACACUGUGACGGUGCUGCAAGACAGUCGGCUCUUGGAGAACGCCGAGAUGAACGUCCAUGCAGAGACCGAGUACUGCAACUAA